AUGAGACUCGUAAUUUUGUAUUUUUCUUGGAACAAGUUCCUCUUGAGUAUCCCAGUUGAGCGAAUGACCUCCACACCCAAGAAAGGUAGACGCUCCUCCUCCUCCUCCUCCUCCUCCUCUUCCUCCCCUUCUUUCAUUGUGAACUUGAUCCACCACUCCGGUUUGUCAACUUCAGGAUCUGCUCCCAGUUUUCUCUUUCCUGCCACCAAAACAUGUGAACUUUGCUCAUUUGUGUGUUGCUCCAUACUUGCUGUUGACAGUUCCCGUUGUCGAGUAGCUUCGGUAAUCCGUGGGCUGUUGGUGGCCGUGCCUCCUCUCUUUUUUUUAAUGAAUUCAGCAUCAUCCGUCGAUCACAUCUUUCAACAUGUUCGUAAGCUUCCAAUCCUCUUCAUGAUUAGCUCCUUCUUUCGUACACGACAUGCAGUUCCGUCUCACAGCAGCUAUCCCAUCUUAUCAAUGAAACUUGUCGCAGAUAGUUAUGACCUCCGCCAGACUGUCUUCUGGGAGGAUCGUCAUGGUUUCAGGAUCAAGAAGAUGCGAGAAUCAAUUCUUCUUCCUAUUCCGAUCGUCGAACUGCUUAGUCGUGUCGUCACCUCGAAAACCCCUUCAACCGGGAUCACGGAUUUCAACCUACAUUGCCUUAUAAUUCCAUGCCUGAGCAAGUGA